UUCUAACCAACAUGGUUAUUCUCAGCUGGCUGAUCGUUCUUUCCCUCCUAUUCCUCUAUUUAUGGAAGAACCAACGCCCCAAAGGCUUUCCCCCUGGACCAUGGGGCCUCCCCCUGAUUGGGAACCUGCUUCAGUUCAGUAAGAAGGACCCUCUCAAGGACCUGGAUCAGCUAGCUCAAAAAUACGGUCCCAUCUUCAGCCUCUACAUCGGAGGAACGCUUGUGGUCUUCACUCAUGGGUUUUCUUCAGCCAAAGAGGUCCUGGUGACAAAAGGCAUAGAAUUUGCUGGAAGGCCAGAUAAUCCAAUAGUAGAUGAUAUCGUGAAGAAAAAAGGCAUAGUAGCAGCACCCUAUGGUCAAGCAUGGAAAGAACAACGGAGGUUUUCAUUGAUGCUUCUCAGAAAUUUUGGACUGGGCAAAAAAUCAAUGGAAGAGAAGAUCUUGCAGGAGGCAUCUUAUAUGAUUCAAACAUUUACUGAUAACAUGGGUGCCCCUUUUGAUCCUUCUCUAUUUCUUGAAACUGCAGUCACCAACAUCAUGUCCUCCAUUCUGUUUGGGAAACGUUUUGAAAACAACGACAACUCUUUGAGGACUGUGAUGUAUGCGAUACAUCAAAAUAUCAAAAUGGCAACAGGAUCCUGGGCCAUGCUUUAUAAUGCUGUGCCCUUAGUGAGAAAUCUUCCCCUGCCCCAUCAGAGAAUAGUAAGAAAUGGCCAUAAAAUUUUUUCUUUUCUUGAAAAAAAUCUGGAGGAACACAAGGCAACCUUGAUCCCUGGAGAAACCUGGGAUUUCAUUGAUGCAUAUUUAGAAGAAAUAAAGGAGGCAGAGAGGAAAGUUUCGAGUUUUGAAGAAGAACAAUUACUAAUUUUACUGGUGGACCUUUUAACUGCUGGAUCAGAAACAAUGGUUGGCACACUUUGGUGGGCAUUGCUGUAUUUGGUAGCCUUUCCAGAGGUCCAAGGGAAAUGCCAGAAGGAAAUAGACGCUUUUCUGGGAAGUAAUUCAAACCUGCAAUGUGAAGAUCGGGAAAAGCUGCCCUACACAAAUGCCGUCAUUCAUGAAAUCCAGCGCUGUACAACUAUUGUUCUUCUUGGAGUAGCUCACACACCCAUCCAAAAUGCACGGUUUUGGGGCUAUCAAAUUCCCAAGGGCACAACCAUUUUGACCAACCUCCAUUCUGUUCAUCACGAUGAAUCCCAGUGGAAGUUCCCACACGAGUUCAACCCCUCCAACUUCCUGAAUGCAAAGGGAGAGUUUGUGAAGCCGGAAGCCUUUUUGCCAUUUUCAGCAGGACCAAGGGUUUGCUUAGGAGAAAAUCUGGCUCGGAUGGAGCUCUUCCUCUUCCUCACCACCAACCUGAGAAACCUGCGGCUAUCUUGGCCAGAUAAAUCCCAGGCACCAGAUCUCACACCUAAAUUUGGUCCCACACAAUUCCCAUCAAGCUUUAAAAUAUCCAUGAAAGAUCGCCAGGAGAGUGACUACAGCAGCAAACAGACACAGAGAGAGGCGUCUCUUCUAACCAACAUGGUUAUUCUCAGCUGGCUGAUCGUUCUUUCCCUCCUGUUCCUCUAUUUAUGGAAGAACCAACGCCCCAAAGGCUUUCCCCCUGGACCAUGGGGCCUCCCCCUGAUUGGGAACCUGCUUCAGUUCAGGAAGAAGGACCCUCUCAAGGACCUGGAUCAGCUAGCCCAAAAAUACGGUCCCGUCUUCAGUCUCAACAUUGGAGGAACGCUUGCCGUCUUCACUCAUGGGUUUUCUUCAGCCAAAGAGGUCCUGGUGACAAAAGGCAUAGAAUUUGCUGGAAGGCCAGAUAAUCCAAUAGUAGAUGAUAUCAUGAAGAAAAAAGGCAUAAUCACAGCACCCUACGGCCAAGUGUGGAAAGAGCACCGAAGGUUUUCACUGAUGCUUCUCAGGAACUUCGGACUGGGCAAAAAAUCAAUGGAAGAGAAGAUCUUGCAGGAGGCAUCAUAUUUGAUUGAAGCAAUUGCUGAAAACUCAGAUUCACCUUUUGAUCCUCAUCCAUUCCUUGAAACUGCAAUCGCCAACAUUAUGUCUUCCAUUCUGUUUGGGAAACGUUUUGAAAACGACAGCUCUUUCAACACUGUGCUGGACAUAAUACAUCGGAAUAUCAAAACAAUGAUGGGACCCUGGGCCAUGCUUUACAAUGCUGUGCCCUUAGUGAGGAGGCUUCCCCUGCCCCAUCAGAGAAUAGUAGAAGAUACCCAUAAAAUCUUUGCUUUCCUUGAAAAGGAAGUGGAGGAACACAAGAAAACAUUGAUUCCUGAAGAAAGCCAAGAUUUCAUUGAUGCAUACCUAGAAGAAAUAAAGGAGACAGAGAGGAAAGCUUCAAGUUUUGAAGAAGAACAAUUACUAGUUUUACUGAUGGACUUUUUAGUUGCUGGAUCAGAGACAACAGUUGGAACACUUUGGUGGGCAUUGCUGUAUUUGGUAGCCUUUCCAGAGGUCCAAGAGAAAUGCCAGAAGGAAAUAGAUGCUUUUCUGGGAGGUAAUUCAAUCCUGCAAUGUGAAGAUCGAGAAAAGCUGCCCUACACAAAUGCCGUCAUUCAUGAAAUCCAGCGCUGUACAACUAUUGUUCCUCUCGGAGUAGCUCACGCACCCAUCCAUAAUGCACAGCUUUGGGGCUAUCAAAUUCCCAAGGGCACAACCAUUUUCACCAACCUCCAUUCUGUUCAUCACGAUGAAUCCCAGUGGAAGUUCCCACAUGAGUUCAACCCCUCCAACUUCCUGAAUGCAAAGGGAGAGUUUGUGAAGCCGGAAGCCUUUUUGCCAUUUUCAGCAGCAGCAAACAGACACAGAGAGAGGCGUCUUUUCUACCAACAUGGCUAUUCUCAGCUGGCUGAUCGUUCUUUCCCUCCUGUUCCUCUAUUUAUGGAAGAACCAACGUCCGAAAGGCUUUCCCCCUGGACCAUGGGGCCUCCCCCUGAUUGGGAACCUGCUUCAGUUCAGGAAGAAGGACCCUCUCAAGGUCCUGGAUCAGCUAGCCCAAAAAUAUGGUCCCGUCUUCAGUCUCAACAUUGGAGGAACGCUUGCCGUCUUCACUCAUGGGUUUUCUUCAGCCAAAGAGGUCCUGGUGACAAAAGGCAUAGAAUUUGCUGGAAGGCCAGAUAAUCCAAUAGUAGAUGAUAUCACUAAGAAAAAAGGCAUAGUCACAGCACCCUACGGCCAAGCGUGGAAAGAGCACCGAAGGUUUUCACUGAUGCUUCUCAGGAACUUCGGACUGGGCAAAAAAUCAAUGGAAGAGAAGAUCUUGCAGGAGGCAUCAUAUUUGAUUGAA